AAAUGAAUUUUCAAUUUUUUAUGUUUCUGUUUGUCUUUCUUGCAUGAUGGAUACACCACUGGACGAGGAUUUCUUGUCUUGUAUUUUCUUUCUUUCUUUCUUUCUUUCUUUUUAAAAAAAAGGGAAACUGAAUUGGGUGUGCUAACUAUGCUUGAAUUUCUCUUUGCAGAAGCUGCACCAGUGGAUCAUGAAGAGACUGGGCCAUCAGAAGCAAACCUCUACAGUGAAAAAUGUAUAAUAGAACCAAAUCAAACUCCAAGAAAGCAAGUAAAACCAAUAGCUUGGCUUCACAAGAUUCUAAAGUUCAGAUUGUUACUCAAGGAUGAUGUCCAAGAUGGAUAGUUGGGCAGACCGGUACAAAUUUGAGCUACAUAUUGUAUCCAAGGCAAGUGUAAUGGGAAAUAGUGAAAAUUUUCAUUCAUCAAUACAGUUAAUCAUGGCAUUACCAUUUAGCAGCAGAGCCUUGAUCCUUAGGACUAUCAAGACUCGAAAUCUGACUUGCAACUUGCAAGCAGCACCAGCAACAGCAUGCGUGAGUUUGUGACAUUCAAGCCAAGAGGUGAGAUCCCUGGCUUCUUCUCUACUUGUUCUUUUCUUCAUUUUCAGUUUUGCUUUGUAAGAUGCCUCAUGCCUUACUUUCUUGGUCUUUUCUUCAUUUUCAUUUUUUCUUUGUAAGAUGCCUUGCUUUUUUGGUACUUGGCUUCCUUACUUCCUGAAGUGGACAAGAAUGUAAGAGUACUUCGAUGCAUUUUUGGAUUUCAUUUUCUUGUCAUGGAGGAUUCAGAUGUUGGUUGAUUAAUUAUAUAAGCCUAUCCGUGGCUACAAGUUUAUCCUCUUCAUUCUCAAUCUUCACAAAAUCACCGUCAAAGAUUUACCUGAGGAUUCAGAAAAAGCAAGCAACAACCAACCAGUGGAUUACAUUAAAGAAGCAAUCUGCACCAGAUUUUCAACCUGAAAAUCAUUUAUCACAGAGUUUCAGCACACAAGACAGCCAUAAGGAACAAAUUUCAGGUAAUUUUUACUUUGUAUGUAAAUCAAUGGAACUCAUAGAUUAAAUAUUUGUGAGUGU